AUGAACUUCCUGACUCACGACUCUGCCAUGAACUUCCUAUCGACACCGAUUGACCCAAGUACCUCGACAGUUCAGCGUAACGAAACGAAGAGUUGUUACCAAAGAUUCCAUGCUCCCUCCAGUUACGUAACGGACCGCUUACGCAACUGCAUCGUGCUUCAUGUCGUUUUGACCCGGGUUGAACAAUGCAAGGCUUCCGUGGCGCAAUCGGCAGCGCGUUCGGCUGUUAACCGAAAGGAUGCGAUCUGUACUUAUAACGCACGUACGCUUGCAUCGGAAGUGGCCAUCGAAGAUCUGAUGAUGCAAGCCAAGAAGAUCAAGUACGACGUCAUCGGACUGACCGAGACGAGACGACGUCACCCUCUCAACGCCAUAUAUGAGACUGAAGAAGAACUGUUCUUAGGAACAUGCGACAGUAGAGGUGUUGGUGGAGUUGGCAUCCUCGUCAACACGAGAACGGCAAAGAACAUCGACUCCCUCGAACAACUUACGACCCGAAUCGGACGUCUGCGGAUGAGAAGAUGUGGUCCAACACCAGCUUUGACUAUCUUCGUCGCUUACGCUCCAACAUCAAGCUACGAAGAAGAAGUCGAAGCUUUCUAUAUGGACCUGGAGAGGUUCUACCGAAAAGAUCAUGCCUUCUACAAGGUCAUAAUUGGCGAUUUCAACGCCAAAGUUGGCCCAAGAAGAACGCCGGAGGAACUUCACAUCGGGACCCACGGCCUACAAUGGAAUGACCAGGGGGAGAGGCUCUCCGAAUUCAUCAUGACGACUAAGACCAUCCAUGGGAACUCGCCAUUCCAGAAGCCCUCCUCUCUACGCUGGACGUUCUGCCUGACGGACUUCGCUGUUGUACCAAAGUACUAUACGGGAUCAGACCAUCGCCUCCUUCGAGGAGGAUUUUCCUUCACAAGGAGAGCAGAGAAAGCUGCCACGUUCAUAGGGAGAAAACCCAGGACUAUCAUCAACUGGGAUCUCUUCGCUACGUUAGCCGGCUUUUGGGAAGAUUUCGCAAUGGACAACGAGGACGAGGAAUAUGACCGGCUCGUUGAACACCUUCACGACUGUGCGAAGAAGGCUGAGAGUUUUAAAACCACCAAGAGACGCAUGUCUCUUCAAACUCUUGAGCUGACACGCCAGCGUGGAGCAGCAUGA